UCAGUCGGGACAUUUUGGACCAAACACAGCACCAUGACCAGAAAACUUCAAAAUCCCAUUCUGGAUGAUGCCAAGAGCAGAAAAAGGAUUCUGAAACCAGUCGUGGAAAAGAAGAGAAGGGAUCGAAUAAAUCAAAGUCUUGCUGAACUGAGAAGUUUGCUGUUGAAGCACACAUCGGAUCCACGACUGCAGAAUCCCAAAAUAGAGAAAGCAGAGAUUCUGGACCUGGCUGUGGAAUACCUUCAGAAGUGGACCAAAGGAAAGAAACUGAGCAGUGACCCUACUAAUAGUCAGAUGAGGACUCAUGCUCCCGAGGUAAGCCUUCAUCAUCCAGAGUCUAGUUCCCCUCCUCUCUUCACCGUUCAGAGUGCAGGUUUUCAGCAGUGUAUGGCCCAGCUGACCAGCUACAUGCACAAAAUAACCCAAGCACAGAGGACUAGCCUGAUUGAGGGACUGAAACAUCACACAGAGACCCCGCAGCCAAAACCAGACUUCAACCAGAAAAUGACUGAAACUGGGAUGCCAGAUGCAGAAUCUGUGGACGCUGUCUGCACGUCAGAGAGAAAAGACGAGUCUCCCAAGUCGCUGUUUCCAUCCCAUUCCCCAUUUCAGCCCCACUCUUGCUCCACACCUUGCCACGACUAUCUCUCCCCUCCCACCUCUCCCUGGUUCUCUCCUUCUUUCUCCACAUAUGCCACCUCUCCUCCUUUCCCGUCAUUAGCCUCUCACUUCUCCUUCCCCCCCAGCCUGUCACCUCCAUCUUCCGGCACCUCCUUCUAUAGUUUCUCGCCCACAGUCCCUCACACUGGCCCUCCCGGCCUCCACUUCCCCCCACUUACUGCUCUGAGAUCCUCUCCACACCCUGCGCCGAGGGAGGGCUCACUACCAAACUCUUCUUCAUCCAUGUGGAGACCCUGGUUUUGA